ACUAUGAUUGUGCAGAGGCAAGGUUUCCGUUAGAGAGUAACGUUUAUAUGAGUUCGAAGAUAUACGAAAAAUGUCGACUAGUUCAGCUCUGGGCAGCUAUUAUGUGGACUCUAUGAUAGGGCUCGAGGCGGAGGAUGUGUACGGAGCGCGUUAUGUCCAGGGUUCACACACCGCGCCCGCGAGGCCGUCAGGUGUGGGGGAAAAUGCGGAUUUCUCCUCGUGCAGCUUCGCUCCCAAGUCAGCCGUGUUCCCUGCGUCCCGGUCUUCGGUUCAUCAACCCUCUACUGCUGUGUCCGGAAUUUACCAUCCUUACGUUCACCAGACCCAUCUGACAGACAACAGAUACGUCCGCUCCUGGAUAGAUCCUGUAUCAAACCAUAUCUCUUUUUCCGGUUUCCACACCAACAGUCGGCAGAGCGGGACAAAAACUGAAAGUUUACCCUCGAAAAGGGCUGAAAGCGGAGAGUUUGAAGCGGAGACACCAGUAGCUCCUGAGUUCAGCUGCAGUGCUGGAUCCGACUGCGUUGACAAAGCUACUGAAGAAACAGAUGGCAAUGAUAUUUCGAGUCACGGUAAGGCGAAAGACGAGAAACAACAACAACAAGUUGACUCAAGAAACCCUGCAGCAAACUGGAUCCAUGCACGUUCAACAAGAAGAAAACGAUGUCCGUACACCAAAUAUCAGACACUGGAACUGGAAAAGGAGUUUCUUUAUAACAUGUAUUUAACGAGGGAUCGCCGCUAUGAAGUUGCACGAAUCCUGAAUUUAACGGAGAGGCAGGUUAAAAUCUGGUUUCAGAACAGAAGAAUGAAAAUGAAGAAGGUGAACAGGGAGAGAAGCAAUAAAGACCUUCAAUGAAAAGCGUAAUACUUUGCUUGGUUUAAGAUGCAAAUUUUGUUUUUGUGUUCUUUUUAGUCUCUUUCAGUUAGAAUUCACGACUGAAUUAUCCAGUAUUGCACCGGCAUAUUGGGUACAUAUGUCUGAUACAAAAAAGCUACUAUUUGUGUGACCUUGAAAUUGGGAAUUUCGUGCUAAUUUUACGCACAAGGUUUGCUGAAAUCAUAUAUUUUAAUUAUAAAAUAUAGACGUUUGGCUUUGAACGCCUAAAACGGGUUUCUCUGCAACCUGGUGGAUUAGUUUAUUAAAGCUCUGAGAAUCAAAAAAAUGUUUUACGUGUCGUGUACCCUAAAAGGCAGUAUAAAAUAGUUAGCCUACAUAUCCCAACUCAAAAAAUCAUAAUACUUAAAUUAGGAUAGAGUUCGUGGUCUUAUAGUUCGGGAAUUAUUCGGCUGGUCUCUUUGUCCAUAAUGCAUGCAAACUCAACACUCCACGCUCGUCCAUCCACAUUACAUUUCUGCUUGUCUUUAAUUUUAUUUUUUUAAAUGGAAUUUAAGUCAGAGAAUCUCAUCUUGUAUAUAUUGUCACUUGCGUGUGGUAGAUGCAUCUAGAAGGCCUAAGGUAUGAAGUAAACGAAUUUAUUAAUUGUAGUGUAUCUUAUUCUGCCAUUGUGAAGCCUCGUUCUCGUCUCCAAUGCUGUAUAGUGGAUUUGCUGUCGAGUACUCAAAUCGUGAAUUUACUGGGUCAGGUUGUGAAAGAAUGUUUCUUUUCUAAACCAAUUUUUACAAAUAAAUUGCUAGUGUGACUUAGACUGAAAAAUGUGCUUAUUUACAGAUAAUUUGCAGCACUGA